GGAAACAAGUACGAAGAGUUUAAAAGCCGUGCAGCUCAUACCAAUUCAAUCUAUAGGGGUGUACGACUGUGGGUGGCGAUAACAUGAUGAAAUAGUAAUAAAAAAAGUUUUACAUAUAUAUAAAUAAAAACUCUAUCUUGUUUUAUAUUAAUAUUGGUAGGUAAAAAAGUAAGAAUUAUGUCACAUAAGAAUAAUAAUGUCCAGAAUUUAACUUCUAACACCCCUACAACUCAGAAACGAACUGUUCCGGUGUCACAGUUGAGCAGCACCGCUGUCAUGUCUUUGUUGCACCACUAUUGUCAAUAGAAAAAAGAAUAAAUGGGAAAAUAAGUUUUAACUCUGUAAAGGCGGCAGUUUUAAACCAUAACAUCACCAGAUUGGCCUAUUUUAAAAUAAGUCAAACCACCCCCCCAAAAAAGAUGGAAGAAAAGCUGAACGGAUCACUGCCUGUUGUCUCCCCGGAGUAUCUUCAUCAGUGGGUUCAGUCUGCCCAGCAGUUCCACGCUCUCCAGGCACAAUAUUCAGGCUUCAACUCCAACCAUCAGUUUCAAUAUCCAGAGAUUCCAGAUAGUGGAGAGGCAGCCAUGGCACACAUGGCUCAUCCUGAUGCUAUGAUGCAUCAACAGGAACCUGCUGAUCUGACAAAACCUCCAGCCAAAAAGAGAGGCAGGCAGGCUCAACCCAAGGAACCUAAGGCACCCAAACCUCCAAAAGUACCCAAGGCACCAAAGCCACCAAAGCCGCCUAAGGACCCAAAUGCACCGAAAGCCAAACCAGGCCCUAAACCGAAGAAGGGCAAAGAAGCUCAGGCAGAUGGAAAGCAGGAGAAAAUUGAUGAGAGCUUUAAAAAAGUGAAGAGGAAAGUUGAUCGCUUCAAGGGAAUGUCAGAGGAGGAAGUCAUGAAAAAAACUUUACCAGAUCUGCUGGACUACAACUUAGAUUAUGUCAUUAUCGGUAUCAAUCCAGGACUAAUGGCUGCCUUCAUUGGAAGAUGGUUCCCUGGACCUGGAAAUCAUUUUUGGAAGUGCUUAUUUCUGUCUGGAUUUACUGAAGAGCAGCUCAACCACAUGCAUGACACCACCCUGCCAACCAAGUACAAGAUGGGCUUCACCAACAUGGUGGAGAGGGCGACACCAGGAAGUAAAGACCUCAGCAGCAAAGAGUUGCGUGAAGGAGGCAAAAUCCUCACAGAAAAGUUGAAGAAAUACAAGCCUCUCAUUGCUGUAUUCAAUGGAAAAUGUAUUUAUGAAAUGUUCUGCAGAGAACUGUUUGGUAAAAAGCCAAAAAAACUGGAGUUUGGUUUGCAGCCAGAGAAGAUCCCAGACUGUGACGUGGCGCUCUAUCUGAUGCCUUCAUCUAGUGCUCGCUGUGCUCAGUUUCCUCGUGCUCAGGACAAAGUUCACUUUUACAUCAAACUAAGGGAGCUCCGAGAUCAGCUAAAGGGCGUCCAAAGACAAGAAACUGAAAUCCAGGAGGUCAAUUAUUCAUUUGAUUUGGGCUUGGCCAAAGAGGAUGCUAAGAGGAUGGCUAUUAAAGAGGAGCAGUAUGACCCUGGUUAUGAAGAUGCCUAUGGUGGAGCGUACGCAGAGCGAGGACCUGAGGGGAGCCAGGUCCAGGGUCAGGUCAACGGUCACUGCACAUUCCCAUCGGUACAAAACCAAGAAGCCCAGGAGGCGACCACAUCACAAACCUCAGACGGACAAGUCCCAGAUGGACAGUGGAUGACGCAGUCCUUUGCCGAUCAGAUUCCAGAAAUCAGUGGAGGACCGAAGGACGGCAGUUUAUGAGACCAAAGGCCCUGAGGUUCUGUUUCCUUUUCACCCUCUCACUCCUUUGGUUCUUGUGUCAGGUCUUAGAUUGUUUUUUAUUUUUAUUAGUAAAAUAUAUAAACACCUAGUUGGACUUUUUUGUAGAAGUUUUGCAGACUUAUGUUUCUGCAUAGAAACACAGUACAUGUACACAGACUGUAUGUAUGACUAUCUCUUGUGGCUGUCUUUUUAAAUGAUCAGGGACUUGACAGUGAUGCUUGACUUGGAGAAGUGCCUUUGUGCACGAAUAUUAAGUAGUACAUCUAAUAUAGGACGCAGAAAAAAACUUUUACUGCACGAGGAUGCAGUAGCUGCGUGCGUUCAUAUCAGUGGACCGAUCUCUAGUUGUUAAUGAUGACUCUUCAGGAAGAGUGCACACUGUUCUCUUUGUGAAAUGAGGACUGAACAGGCUUUUGAUUAUUUUUGUUUUAAACAUUCAUGGUGCUAUGAACUCUCUAUGGUGCAAUGUGAACAACUGACAGGUUUGAGGUUCCACUAAAGCAACUUAGUGGAAAAACUUGUCAAAUCUCGACAACAGGUUUUUAUGUGAGUUUUUUUUUUUUUCCGCAGUAGGAAUUUUAGAAUGAUGUUUUUUUGGACAGUUGUUGUUUUAUAAAAGUACUGUAUUUUAUGAAACAGUUGACUAUUAAAAUCCUGAUGAUG